AUCGGCCCAUACGUCACGGGAUCACUCUCGAGGCUGGUGUCGUCCCUCCGCGUGGAUGAAUUUACCGCAUGAGCGAAGAGGAACUCGAGGUGCUUCGCGCACAACUCGAUGACCUUCUCGACAAGGGCUGGAUUCGCCCUAGUUGUUCGCCUUACGGUGCCCCUGUUCUCUUCGUCUGGAAGAAGACCAAAGAUCUACGGUUAUGCAUCGAUUAUCGGAAACUCGUCGGCCCUCUCCCUCGGAUUGAUGAUCUCCUUGAGCGGUUAGGCGGCGCGACGUACUUCUCGAAGUUGGACUUGAAGUCGGGCUACCACCAGAUUGAAAUCCAGCCUCAAGAUCGGUACAAGACCGCGUUCAAGACGCGGCAUGGGCANUGGAUCUGCUCACCAGUGCCAGGCUCGCAGUUCGUAGCCGUUCUGUGGUAUGUCCAAAGGUCUAAGUAUCAGCAACAGCGACUCAGCAGGCGGACGACUCCAGCGGCAUCAAGUACAGCCGCGGCAGUACCAGUUACCACCGGGGCUCUUCCCGCAUGUCCGGUCCAAGGGGCCAGUGAGCCGUUGUCUGCUUACCUUCAGCGGGUACAGGCAUUUACGGAUGCCGUAGCUACCGCUAAGGCACAGCAGGAGGCAGCAGAGGCAGAACGUCAGCGGCUGGCCAAUGAGACGGCAGCCCAAACUCAGCAUACUGCUGAGGCUGACGCAGCGGCACGAGACAGACGGAAUGCCGCCAGCACGGAGUCCUUGAUUCAAAGUGAGAAUCAGUGGACAACUCUACUCCAAGGCAUGAUCUUUGUGCCUACGGACGCGCAGGCGGAUCCGACACCGGCAGAGGCAGAGAGAAGUAACCUGGCUAACUUGAUGUUGAGCGUGAUGAGGGGAGUAAUGUGGAACAACAAACUGCUGCAGGCACACCUGCUCACGAAACGACAACGCAGACAGAAGCAGCAGCAAGACACUACCGCUUUAGCAGCUGCCGUCCGCGCAGCAGCAGCACAGCAGCAACAACAGCAUCAGCUGUUGAACUCCGCUCUCGCACGCAUCAACAACAUUGAGGCUACAGCCUCAUCAGUGCCAGGCUGCACGACUGACACGGCGAAACAGCUCAACGAGCGCAUCGACCGUGUCGUCAGUCUAAUCGGCGAACUAAGUGACUUCACCAGUCCGGCUACGAUCAGCAGCACAGUGGCCGCCAUCAAGACGGACAUCACCAAGCUGCAGUCGCAACCGGCAGCAGCUGCGAAGGUAUACAAGAUGCCACGCUUCAACAUCGGCAAGUUCGAGGACUACAACAAGACCGACGCUUUGACAUGGUGGCAAGCCCUCCUCACCGAAGCGUCCUGCCACAAGGUCCCAGCCGAAGACAUGAUGAAGGCAAUAUACCUCCAACUCAUUGGAGGUGCGCAGGCGUGGAUGAACCACCUCGCAGUUAACAAGAAAACCACUAUCGCCGAGCUACACAAACACCUCACGUGGGAGGAUUUUGAACAACUAUUGUUCACUCACUUCAUGGUCCGCAACGUGGUGAAGGCAGCCAUGAACGAGGUCUACACUUGCUCACAGGGAAGCAUGCCAACUCGAGACUGGACAAUCAAGUGGCAGAAGAUAGUGACCACACUAGGUUUCGAUUUGAGUUUUACAAACCAACGAUCCGAGUUCUUCUCGCGAUCGUGCGCAAAACUGCGAACCGCACUCGGCAACGAGUAUGAUUAUGCCUCUUUCCAGGCUAUUCUGGAUCGUGCGAACCUGACCGCGUUCAAGACGCGGCAUGGGCACUUUGAGUGGGUUGUCAUGACAUUUGGCCUCACCAAUGCCCCCGCGACUUUCCAAGCAGCCAUGACAACUGAGUUUUGCGACUUGCUCGAUCGUAGCGUCCUCAUCUACCUCGAUGACAUCUUGGCUUAUAGUAGGACACUGGAUGAGCACAUCGUACACCUUCGCGCUGUUUUGGAUCGUUUGCGACUGGCCAAGUACAAAGCGAAUCUCGACAAAUGCGAGUUCGCCAAGCAGGAGCUUGAGUACUUGGGUCACUAUGUCACGCCGAAAGGCAUUCGUCCCUUAGCGGACAAGAUCCAAGCCAUAGUGGAUUGGUCGGAACCCCGUUGCACGACGGAUGUACGCUCUUUCAUGGGUUUGGCUGGAUAUUAUCAGCGAUUCGUCGAGUCAUACUCGAAAGUGACUGCUCCCUUGUCGAGACUUCAGUCCCCAAAGGUGCCCUUUGAGUUCGACGACGCAGCUCGGGGCGCGUUCACUACGUUGAAGGCAGCGAUGCAAGCGGCACCUGCCCUCCAUAUAUACGACCCCACCCUUCCCACCCAAGUGACUACGGACACUUUGGGAUACGGAAUUGGUGCGGUGCUGGAACAAUGUCAUGAGGACGGUUGGCAUCCGGUAGAGUAUUUCUCCCAAAAGGUGCCUCUCGUCAACACUCUCGACGACGCUAGGAAGAAAGAGCUACUCGCGUUCGUCACCGUUCUCAAACGGUGGUGCCACUUUCUUCUCGGUCGUCGGCGUUUUAAAUGGAAUACGGACAACAAUCCGUUGACCUUUUAUAAAACGCAGGAUACAGUCGCUAGCACGAUCGGUCGAUGGAUGUAUUACAUCGACCAGUUCGACUUUGACCCGUGCCACAUUCCCGGUCCCGCCAAUCGAGUUGCGGACGCCCUCUCACGACAGCCCGACUUUUGUGCCAUUGUGACCACGACACUCGACCUCGAUGACGAUCUGCAGCCGCAUUUCAUCAAAGGCUACAAGUCCAAUCCGACUUACUCUACGCUUUACGCGAAGCUUUCAUCGGAUCACCCGCCGGCUAGCCAUUAUCGGAUUUCCAACGGAUUCCUUCUCCUUCACACGAGAGGAAAGGACUUGUUAGUUGUGCCCCAAGAUCGCAUCUUACGGACUCGUCUUCUCGGCGAAUUCCACGACGCACRACUUUCGGCACACCUUGGCGURAACCGCACGUUAGCACGCCUCCGCCAGCGUUUUCACUGGCCCGACGUCCUUCAUGACGUCACGAGGUACAUUGAGUCAUGUGCAGUUUGCCACCGUAACAAGGGUCGAUCUCGAGUCCCCUUCGGCGAACUGAAACAAUUGCCGAUUCCUCGGGCACCGCGACUCUCCAUUGCGAUGGACGUGAGAGGCCCGUUCCCCCGCGAUCGCCUCGGCCAUGAUGGUAUUCUCACGGUCGUUGAUCGUUUGAGCAAGUAUGCUCGCUUCCUUCCUUGCAAGUAUCAUGCUGCAGCGCCUGAGCUCGCACGACUCUUGCACACCGGUUGGAUUACCAACCAGGGUGUACCGGAAGACAUAGUGAGCGACCGAGAUACUCGCUUCGUGUCGGCCUUUUGGACUUCCCUUAUGGCUGAGUCCGGCACGACGAUGAAGCCGAGCUCGGCUCGGCACCCGCAGAAGGAUCGCCAGACGGAGCGAGCACACCAGACCGCUCAGAUGAUGUUGCGUACACUCAUCCGUCCCGACCAGAAAGAUUGGGUUGACCGGCUUCCCGACAUUGAGUUCGCCUACAACACUUCGGUGCACCCGACAAUCUGCGUCACACCAUUCGAGCUACAUCAUGGUGGAGAGAAAGCACGGAUCUUCGCUGAUCUCCUUCUGCCACAGGCCGCCGACAUAGACGUCCCUUGCUCUCCCGCUUCCGUUCGGAAGUACCGGGACUUGCUGAUCAAAGCCCACGCGAAUAUGCAAAAGGCUCAAAUCCGCAUGCAGCAGCAAGCUAACCGACGUCGACUUCCAUGUCCUUUCCGCGAGGGAGACCUUGUUUGGGUCCUCUCCGCGAAAUUUGCGCUCGAGCAGGACGUUUUGCGCAAAAUCCUUCCGAAAUGGUUCGGACCAUGGGAAGUUACUUCUGCCGUUGGAGACGACCCCGCAGGUCCUUCCUUUGUGGUCAACAUUCCUCCGCACCUUCCAGUGCACCGGGUCUUCCACGCAUCAAAGCUGGCCAUCUACACGCCACCUCCCGCUGACGAGUUUCCCGGCCGACGAUCACAGGAUCCGCCAUCUAUGGACGGAUAUCAGGAAGUGGACCGAGUCAUCACGCACCGCAAGUAUGGCAACAAGCCAUUGCAGUUCAAAGUCACAUUCAAGCAAUGUGCGCCUGACGACACUCGGUGCAUCUCUAGUGCAGACUUGCAGACUUCUGCACCCCUUAUCUUCGUCGACUUUGAGAAGCGACGCCUUGCCAAGGAAGCAGCUCGUCCCGCCCGACCCAACCCGUAUGUAACAAUAGCACAGGGGCAGCAAAGAGAAAUAAAGGCGGCAGCAAGACUGGACGGGAAGAAUGGGGCCAAGCAAAGAGUAGUCCUCCCGUGUCGCUGGAAUCUGAAGCAUUCGGACUGGGAGGUUGCAAUCUAUCGCACGCUUCAACUCAUCAGCAUGAAGGUGAGCGCCUGCACCGAGAAAGACUUCCGAAGCCUGAUUGCAGAGGACUUACCUACCCGGGUUCACGUUCUAGGAGGAAAGGAAGCACUAGCGGAAGAGGGGGUCACCGAAAGCGGGAACCUGGUGGUCGACUUCAGGCCGAUACUGUUGGUCCUGCAGGAAGAGGCAACGCUCAAGGACGAUCUGGUAUGGAUGCCGUGGCAGGUGGUAGAGACCAUACCAUAUGGGCUACUGGGAGGAGAGAAAGCUGCAGAAUGGGUAGCCAGAAGCGCAGCCAUCGCAGUAAAAAUGGAGGCCUUUGCAUGGAAGCUAGAGUUCUUGGAAAGCAAGAUCGAGCCGGACUCCACAAGGAUAGACAUCGCGUCGCUUGUCUCUUGAAUUUCAAAAGAGAGAUGAAGAUCCCCGAAACCCAGAUUUAAACAACCAUGGAGAAUCAAGGGGAGGGGAGACAAGCAAAGAGAAAAAGGGAGGAGCACGCACGCACAGAAAAACCAGAAUUGAAAAUCACGUCGUGGAAUGUCAACGGUCUAGCAGGCAUCCUGGAUAAUCAAGACAAGUGGAAUAA